UAAUUUGACUAGGAUGCUAAAAUUACCAUCAACAGUACGACUGGCACCAAAUAUAAUGCUGCCCAGUAAUCUACCACUACGAACAGAUUAUUAUUUCUCACUUCGACAACAACACAAAAUAGUGGAUAAUAUGUCAGAAAUGAUAGCAAUAGAUGGGUCAAGUAUAAAUAAUACAGAUUACAUUGAUGAAAAUAAUGGUGCUGAAACGACAAGAUCGAGAGAAUACCGAGAUUCAAAACCAGAAAGAAAGAUUGGCUGUUUUUCGCUGCAAUUUUACAACAUAGUUUCAGUUCUAAUAUUAAAUAUCGUACAUGGAGUAGCAUUUGGUAUUAUAUUAUUUCCUACUCAUGAUCACAAUAACAACAGUAACGUGAAAUUAUUUAGAGCUUAUAAAUAUAUUGGAAUGGCAAUGUUUUUUACGAGAGCGGAAAUAAUUGAAAAUCAUGUAUCGGCCAACCUAAAUGUUAAAUAUGAUGUGGUUUACACAAUAUUAUUUGCUCACGCUCUAAGUGCCAUACUAACUGGUGUUGGACUUUUAUUAUUUGUACGAUUCAAG